ACCACCAUGUAUGAUAUGUAUAAGAAAUACACUCAUGAAUAAUGCAGCACUGGAUGCAUAAGCAAAGGCCAGUACUUAGCAGCAGAUUAAAAUUGUUUGUCCAGCUAAAGCGGAUUACCAGUACAUGUGACUCCUCUCAGAGAUCAGAAAGUGUUUGGCUUGAAAGCACAAAAUCUGAUCUGCGUGUACACUAACUGAAGACAUGAAAUGGGAGCCACCAGCAGUGACACCAAGGGCUGCACUUCUGUGUCGCCCAACCUUUGGGUUCCUUCUUGGAAAGGGCUGUUGAGUGGGGACAGCUUGGCAACACCAGGUUUUGGUCAGCUGUGGGCGACUGGCCGAACAAUAAAGGACAGGUUUAAGACAUCACAUCAGACUAGCCUUCCAGAAACAAAAGUCACAGAGCGACCUCUCCCACAUUGCGUAUCCUUAUUCUUGCCUGAAUUUCCAGUGUGGUCUCCAGCUGUGCAGCCAGAGUUAAAGAUUCUAGGAUGUGUUGCUAAAGGAUCCAUUGGUCCAGUACUGAAGGUCUUAAACUGCGCAGAACAGAAGAUCUUUGCUUUAAAGGUACUACCCAAAGGAGAAGUUCUGAGGCGUAACACACUAAAACAAUGUAAGGAAGAAGUCAGCAUUCAGCGACAAUUGAAACAUCCAUUUAUUCAAUGCCUGGGAGAGAGCUGGCAAGGACAACGUCACCUAUUUAUCAUGUGUAAUUACUGCAGAUACGGAGAUCUCCAUUCCUUAUGGAUGUCUGUCAAGAAAACCGAAGAAGACACAGUCCGGUUAUUUGCCGCAGAACUGGUAUCAGUGUUGGUGUAUCUUCAUAACCUGGGAAUCAUACAUCGAGAUGUUAAGAUGGAAAAUAUAUUGCUUGAUGAACGAGGGCAUUUGAAAUUGUCAGAUUUUGGACUUUCUCGACACCUACCUUUUGGAGAACAUGCAUACACCAUAUGUGGCACCCUUCAAUACAUGGCUCCUGAGGUUCUUUCUGGAGGUCCCUACAGCCAUUCAGCUGACUGGUGGUCUUUGGGUGUCUUAUUGUAUGCACUCGCAGUUGGAGAGUUUCCAGUUCCAUAUGCUAGAGACCACAUAAGUAUGCUGGAGUUUGUCAAUCAAGCAGAAUUCAUUAUUCCGGAGUCUUUAAGCCAAGGACUGUCCUUCCUAUUGAAAGAGCUCCUGUGUAAAGCUCCAAGACAGAGGCUACGCCACUUCCAUCAGUUCCAGAGCCAUAUGUUCUUCAGAGGAAUGACCUUUGAUCCCUUGCUUCUUCAGAAGUACCCGGUAGAUCUUGUGUUAUCCAUGCGUAAAUCAGAAGAUUUAGAUCCAUCAGAAACUCAUUUCUUUGAAGACUUUGACUAUGAUUUCACAGAGACCUUGCAGUUUCCACACCCAGCCUAAACUACAUCAGCUGCAACAAAAUAUGAAACCAUCAUGCCAGCCACUGCCUUAAAAUGUGUGGAGUCUCAUUCUGAAUUUAUGAGUGUAAAGUACUUCCCACCCUUCGCAUUUAUUUAUUAUUGCUAAGUUUCCUAUUUAUCUAGUAUACUGUAGAUGGCAGUGCUUUUUACCCAUUAACCAUUCUACUUGCUAAUGAAAGAAUACCUAUUUGUACACACCAUAAGAUCAGCUUUUAUAUUUUAUAAAUAAACGGCAGUUUUACUACACUA